GCGCUUAUAGAGGCGACAGGAAGCGGAGGAGGUGGAGAGCAGCGCAUUUAGCAACCAUCAUACUUUCCUAACGACUUUCCUUCAAGGACCAAUUUUAUUUAUUUAUUUUUUAUUUAUUUGUAAUUUGAUCCUGUUUUAAAAUGCCUCGCAUUGAGAAUGACAUCAAGCUGGACUUCAAGGAUGUUCUCCUGCGGCCCAAAAGAAGCACACUCAAGUCCAGGAGUGAGGUGGACCUGAUGAGGAGCUUCACCUUCAGGAACUCCAAGGGAAGCUAUAGAGGGAUUCCCAUCAUCGCCGCCAACAUGGACACCGUGGGGACCUUUGAGAUGGCCGUGGCUCUUCACCAGUUUGCUCUCUUCACUACAAUCCACAAACAUUACUCUCUGGAUGAGUGGUCAGAGUUUGCCUCAAAACACCCUGAGUGCCUGGAGAGUGUCGCCGUCAGCACGGGGACCGGAGAGGGCGACUUUGAGAAGAUCUCUGCGGUGGUGGAGGCUGUGCCGCAGCUCAAGUACAUCUGUGUAGACGUGGCAAACGGCUACUCUGAGCACUUUGUUCACUUCGUCAAAGACGUCCGGCAGAAGUUUCCUUCGCACACCAUCAUGGCAGGAAACGUGGUAACAGGAGAGAUGGUUGAAGAACUGAUUCUUGCUGGAGCUGACAUCAUUAAAGUGGGCAUCGGACCAGGCUCUGUGUGUACCACCCGUAAGAAGACCGGGGUUGGCUACCCGCAGCUCAGCGCUGUCAUUGAAUGUGCAGAUGCAGCCCACGGCCUGGGAGGCCACAUUAUAUCCGAUGGAGGAUGUACCUGUCCAGGAGAUGUCUCAAAGGCUUUUGGCGCCGGAGCCGACUUUGUGAUGCUGGGGGGGAUGCUGGCAGGCCACACAGAGAGCGGCGGGGAAACCAUCGAAAAGAACGGCAAGAAAUAUAAGCUGUUCUAUGGGAUGAGCUCCGACACGGCGAUGAAGAAGCAUGCUGGAGGCGUAGCAGAUUACAGAGCAUCGGAGGGAAAGACGGUGGAAGUUCCCUUCAAAGGCCCGGUGGACGAAACGAUACGGGACGUCCUGGGAGGCGUCCGUUCAACCUGCACCUACGUGGGGGCGGGGAAGCUGAAGGAGCUGAGCCGCAGGACGACCUUCAUCCGAGUCACCCAGCAGCUCAACACCGUCUUUGGCAACAGCUGAACAUCCAGCAACAGUUUCUAAAUCAGCCCAUAGGCAGCACCUCUGAAAUACUGUCCUUAUGUCUGCUUUUAAUUCACUAUCACAUUUUAAGAAACGUUUUCCUCAUAUAUUAUCUCUGUUUAGACUUAAAACAAUCUCAAGACGUUCCAGGAGUGACAGAUAUCUGGAAAAAAAAGCUUGAGCUUUGAUUCCUCAGCUUAUCAUUCCUUGUAGUUUCUUCUAUUAAUACAACUUUUGAUCUGUUCAUAAACAAUAAGCCUGACAUUGUCCUGUUCACUGUGCCGAAGUUCUGCUACAAGCCUUCUCCCCCAGUUAAUCAUUUUGAAGCAAAUGUCUUAAUUUAUUGUAAAAUGUUUUAUAUUAUAUACAAAUUUAUUAGCAAAUUAGAAAAAGGAACUAUUGUUAGAAGAUGUAUCAUUUCAACAGCCAUGCUGCGCACUUUAAAAUAGCAUUUUUGUGUGCUGAUUGUUAUAUUAUUGGACCAUUAAUAGUAUAUAUUAAUAAGUGUUAGAUCAGGAGCAGAAGGACCAAUCAAUAAAAAAAAUAUGUAUCUAGUUCAGCUCCUGAUCGUACCAAAAAUUGUUUUUUUUUAUUUGUUUUAGGCUCUAUAGUAAGAAUUUCAACUUCAGCGCCUUGAGCUAUAAAUUUUGACACAGUUCAUGCAGUU